UUCAAGGAAUUGGCUAUUAAUAAAGAGGGGCUGAAAUACUUUCACCCCAAAAAAAAAAAGCAAAAAAAUUCAUAUAUUUUAGGAAAAUUUAAUUUUUUAGUAAAUUAAUAAUUAAUUAAAAAUUUAUAAGUAUGGCUGUAACAAAUAAAGGCUCCGGAGGAGUUUUAGUUGUAUUUUUCUUAUGUAUUUUGUGGUAUAUUGUGUCAUCAAGUAAUAACGUAGUUGGUAAAAUGGUGCUAAAUAACUUUCCAUAUCCAAUGACGGUAACGAUGGUUCAACUAACAAGCAUAACAGUCCUUAGUGGACCAUUUUUUAAUCUAUGGGGCAUACGAAAGUUUUCCGACAUUCCUUGGCCAUACUACUUGAAAUUCAUUAUACCUUUGGCAUUUGGGAAGUUCUUAGCAUCAUUAACAUCUCAUAUAAGCAUCUAUAAAGUUCCCGUAUCAUAUGCUCAUACAGUAAAAGCUACAAUGCCGCUUUUUACGGUUUGUUUGACACGUUUACUCUUCAAAGAGAAACAAUCAUUACUUGUGUAUCUUAGUUUAAUACCUAUCAUAUGUGGCGUAGGAAUUGCAACAAUGACCGAAUUAUCUUUUGAUUUAGUUGGUUUAAUAGCAGCACUUAUUUCAACAAUGGGUUUCUCUCUACAAAAUAUAUAUUCAAAAAAGGUACUUAAAGAUACGGGAAUACAUCAUUUACGGCUUCUUUAUUUAUUAGGCCGGUUAGCAUUAUUUAUAUUUUUACCUAUUUGGCUUUAUUUUGAUGCCUUUUCAAUAUUUCACCAUCCUGUAAUUACAAAUCUUGACAGUAAAACAAUUUUGCUUCUCUUUACUGAUGGAAUACUAAAUUGGCUACAAAAUAUUAUAGCGUUUAGUGUGUUGUCUUUAGUUACACCUUUAACAUAUGCUGUAGCAAGUGCUUCUAAACGAAUAUUUGUUAUUGCACUUUCGCUAUUCAUUUUAGGCAACCCUGUAACGUGGAUUAAUGUUUUUGGAAUGACAUUAGCGAUUUUAGGAGUACUAUGCUAUAAUAGAGCAAAACAUAUAUCAAGGUUUACCGAAGAAACUAUAUUACCAUAUGCUACAAAUUCACCAUGGACAAAAUAUUCACCACUACAGGAAAAUAUUGAUCCAAAUUAUCAUGAUAAAAUAAAUCAUAAUAAUGUAAAUGGAAAAAUUUCAAAUGGCUAUUAUAAUAAUAUUGGAAUAAAUGAACAUAGUAAAACAAAAACAGAAUCUGGAAAUAAUAAUAUCCUAUUGAAUUUAAAUAAUAAUACAGCUCCAGCAAAUAAAUUAUUUUUUGUUUAAUGCAAAAUAAUUAUUAGAAAAAAUAUACAGAAAUUUGAUACAGUAUUUUAUAAAGAAACAAAAAAAAAACCGAAAACUAAAUAGAUUUUGAAAUGAAAAAGAAAUUAUAAAGCAAUAUUAAAGCGAAACAGUCCAAACAAAUUGUUUGUACUAAAAUGAUAAACAUCCUUUAUUUCUUGGAUUCAGACAGCUAAUACUAUUUUAAAUUUAUUGAAAAUUUUUUUAAAGUUGAGGAUUGAUUUGCAAUGAAAAAAAUUUGUUAAAUUAUGUUGAGUCUUCUGAAAUCAAAACUUAAUCUUGGAAAACUAAAUAACUUAGAAACUUAUUUAUUUUUGUUGAAGUAAACACUUUUUAGUCGAUGGAUUAGUAUCCUUAAGACAUAAAAAUUUUAAUUGUGUACAAAUAAUUUUAGAACUACUAUCUUCUCUUGAUUAUAAUGUUGAUAAUGCAAAUUAUUUUUUUUAAUACGUUUUAUAAAUCAUAUUAUAUUAACUUUAUGAAUGAUAUUCAUUCAGGAUAAAGUUUUGAUUUGGAAGAUUUUAUAUAAAAAUCUGUAAAUUAUUUAUGCCAUACUAUUAAAACAAAGAAGACUUUUUUUGUGUUUCAUUAAUGAACUUGCUAAAAAUUAACAAUUUGUUUACAAAUUAUAUUUGAUUCAAAGAAUAAAUCUAUAAAAUAUGUUUAGAACAAAGCUUUCAUCUAUAUUUUAUUUUUUACGUAAAUAAUUAUAUAUUUGUAUUUUAUUUAUCGUUUCUUCUAAUUGUUAAAAACAAAUGAUAUAAUAAAUUAUUGUUAAAUAUUUUUAUAAAUUAAUUUACAGAAUGUUAUUUUUACUUUAAAUUUAAUUCAUAACUAAUGUAAUAUUGUAAAGGUUUCUUUCAAACUGUGAUUCUUUUCUUUUUUAAUUAGAAAAUUUUUAUUAUGUAAACAAUAAAAAACGUGGUACAUAAAAUACAUAACAAAGAGAAAACGGAUUUUUAAACGUAAAAAUGAAGUUAUAGAAAAGCUAAAGAAAAAAUAUCUAAAAUUGAUCACAUUAUUCUUUUAAUAGCAUUAUUAAAUAUGACAGACAACUCUGUUGGUUACAGAAGAACAAAGUAAAAGCAAAUUCAUACAAAUGAUACGUUAUUGUAUUUAGAAUUUGGUUAUUAUAAAUUAUGUUGGCACCUAUUUCACCAACAAUGUUUUAUUUUUGACCAAUUAGCGUUUCUGUUGCACCAGCAAUCGAAAGACUGAUGAACUAUUUUAAUAAAAGAUGUAGUUUUUUGAAAAGUUAUGAAGUAAAGGCAAAAAUAAAAAUGGCUGGUGCAAUAGGACGAUGAUUAAGUAAUAUGAUGAUUGUUUAAAAUGUAUUAAGGAAUUAGUUUUUAACUAGGGUUGUCUGUUUUUAAUUUUAAAACUGAUUUUGUAAAUUUUCUUUGUACAAAUCUCACAAUAUAAACUUAAAUAAAAUACAUAUUUUUAUUUUCAAUAUCAAAAUAUAUAUAUAAAAAAAAGAACAUAAUAAAUUAAUUAUUUAUAUAUCAGAUCACAAAUCUUUUCUUUUUAUUAAACAAUAUUAAAUUAGAUAUUUAAGGACAGGUUUAUUUUUAAAGAAAAU